GUUUAAGUGAAAAAGAAAUAAAAAGGAAGAGGCAGAAAGCAAAGAGCAUAUUGUAGAUCAGGCUUAAGAGUCGAUCACACGCACCGUCGUUUCGUUCAUCACGAGAAAGCGUCUGGAGUGCGCGUCUGCGCGUUUGGAUUAAAUUUGAAUCGUCGCGUUUAAAUUCGCAAUGUCCGCUAAAUAAGUCAAUCGCCGCCAACUUCACAGUGAUGAUGCCGAGCGACGCGGCAGUUGACCGGGUACGCCAUUCAACAAGUACUCGCGGUCGCGUCGUGUUUACGCACGGGGUGCGGCGGUGCUUUCGCGUCGUGCGCGGAGUGUUGAUAAAUACGUGACUGUCGCGCGUCAACGUUAACGGCGAGAGCGUGUCAACGAUCCGUCACACUCGGCGGGACCGGAGUAUUCCGCGGGAACGAUGUCGUCGUCUCGUCGUAGCGAUUCACCGCCAUUGCACCGCGACCCGAAUGAUCGCGUCAAGUCGAUGACGACUUUCAUCGAAUCCUCUCGGCGACGAGACGUCUUCUCCUCGCAGCUCUGAGCAAUCGUGAUCGAGACGACUCCGGCGAUCGGAGAUAACCUAGCUGCAAUCGCUGUCGAUGGGGCGCGUGCAUAUCGCGAUCGCGGGAUCAUCGGCGGACAUCUUUGUUCCGCAGCCAAAGUUUCCACGUCGAUGUCUCGAUGCCACUGUACGAUCGGCUAUCGCCUCGCACUCGGCGAAGUUAGUUCAAAGUGACGAUCGUCGCGGUGCCUUGGUCCGUAUUCCGCGAGCGGUGAGUUUCGCGAAGUCAUGAUGCGUUCCGGGAAAAGUCGCCGAUCAUUGUCGCGCGCGCUCGAGUGACAAGAACAACGGCACGAUUGCACAGAGACGAGUCCGAAAGAGUUCGGACGAUAAGCCUCGUCGACUCGACACCAUGUCGGCGGACUCGUUGGAGCCGCGUGAAGUUGCGUUCGGGAACGUCGGUUGUCGCCGCAAUUAAAGCAGCGUGUCGAUCUCUCGCGCGGGGCUCGAGAUCAAACGCCGGCCGGCGAAAUCGCGCGCGGCCGGGAGUGUGCGAGUGCGAGACAAAGAUAUGACUCGUCGGCUUCGACGACGGUGGUGAGACCGCGACGAAGGCGACCGCCGCAGCCGCGGAGGACGUGAACAGUGCGAAGGAUUAUCCGGCCGGUCGUGGUGCUGGCGGCGCUGGCGGGUUGCAUCAAGUGGUGCUGACGUCAAUGCACAUUUGCGCGCGGAUCUUCGCGUGGGCAUGGGAUCUGCUUCUCGGUAGCACCACGUACCCGAUGCAGCAGUCUGUGGGAAUAGAAGUGCGAGUGACCAAUGAGAUCCCCCUUGUCUCGACGGAAACAAAUGUCGUGCAAGGUGCAACACCGCCAUGGACCACCACGUCGGUCCUAUGCCGAACCAACCCGCCCACCCCCACAAAUCCACAUUCGCAAUACUUGUCGCCUCACGUCCUCCACGGCCGGAACUCGCUCUGUUCCGCGAACGAUUACUCGCGCCGAAGGCGUCCUAUGACGCUGCGCAUCGGUCCUCGUCUCAGCCUUCCCAGCAGGAGCACCUCCGCGCCGACGACCACGACAGACGGGGAAUGGCGUACACUUGGGUGA